AUGGUACAAAUUAUGCGAAUUUCGGCUUUUAAUGAAUUCGACAAAAUCGUCAAUAGAAUUGUUCAAGAACGCAAAGGGCAAAACAUAUUUGUUGUCCUAUUCGGCAAUGAGAAUCCCAAUACUGGAAAAUCGUGGUGUCCAGAUUGCGUAAACGCUGAUCCUCUUAUCCGUCAUCAUCUUGAAAAAACAACUGCUGAUUCCGUGUUAAUUGAAGUUCCUGUCGGAACGAGAGCAGAAGGGAGACCUGAUAAUCCUUACAGGCUUCAUCCAAGAAUUCAACUAAAAUCCAUUCCAACCUUGAUCAAAUGGACCGAAAAUGCUGAAACUGACAAAAGAUUGGUAGAAAGUGAAUGUACUCGGGAUGAUUUAUUAAGUGCAUUUUUCACAACGGAAUCCGCUUAA